CAGCAGAAUUGUUGUUCUAUGGGUGUGUGUGUGUGUGUUUCCUGAGUUUUGAGCAGGAUGGUCAGUUGGUAUUGAUCAGUGAUCAAGCAUUAGCAGUGACUGUAUGAAUGUGAUGGAGGAAAUAAAGUCUGUUCCUUCUCAGUCUCCCCCAACAACUCCAUCUGGCAAAACUCCACAAUCUUCCAGCCAGGCCAUGGGUUUGGGAAGUGCUGAGUUACUGAAGGAGUUGAAGCAGCCACACACUCUGAAACCUGUUCACACACACACUGGUCUCACUAAGGUGUUCUGUGGCCGUGGACGAAUUAAUCCUGCACCAGGAAAACAAUCACAGACUCCACCUUUAUCUGCCUCCACCAAUCAGCACACAGAAAAGGAGCAGCGUCUGUCCAGUGGCACACAGAAUUAAAAGGCUGUCAUGUUUUUUUUUCCCAUGUCUGGAAUUUGUAAUGUGGGCAAGUCUUGUUGAGUAUAUUAAUGUCACUGAGCUCUUCCUUUUGCAGACCUCUAUCAUAAUAACACACCUGUAGUGUGUGUGUGUGUGUGUGUGUGUGUGUGUGUGUGUGUGUGUGUGCACUUGGGAGGUUGAUGUGCAUAGAUGAAUGUGUGUACUGAUAUUAUUGUUCAAAUAAAAUCUCAUAAGGAGUCCAUUUACUGUGUAAAGGAGUCCAUUUACUGUGUGUGUGUGAGUGUGUGUGUGUAGAGAGGGAGAGAGAGAGAGAGAGAGAAAGAGCUUGUUACAUUGCACUGUAGUACAAAGGGCACUGAUUAACAUGAUAGUCUUCACGUAAGGGAGUGCGUAAAAGGGGAGAAAGACAGUUCGGGUACAGAAAGAGAGAACAGUGAAAGAGUGUGUGUGUGUGUGUGUCUGUUUAUGUGUGUUUGUAUGUGUGUAUUUAUGUCUGUGUGACAAUGAAAUCACUUUUGUAUCAAUACUUCCUGGUGGCAGCCAUCAUGACUCUGCUUCUGUUCCUCACCUCAUUGUGGCUACCUCAAGGAACAUUACUGGACUGUGAGUCACUGUGGUUCCCAUGUCUUAUUGAUUCAAACAGCAAGCAACCCCCUCCCCCACCCUGCUCUCAUAUACAGGUACCUAAAGCAGUGGUUGUAGGAAGUGACGUCAAGACCAUUGCUAACAUCAUUAAAAAGAGUGACGUCAUUAACCCUAAACCUUUCAUCAUACCUGACUGUCCUGAGCAGCAUUUCCAGGUGUCCCACCUCCUGCUGUAUUUAGACUCCGCCCUCGGCCCCGCCUCUGAUGUAUUGUUGGAACCAUACCUGCUCUGCUGGGAGGAGCUACUUAAGUUUAUGGAAGCCCUCGGUCCUCUGGUUGGUUUUUUCACCUACAAAGUCCAGGAGAAGAUCACUCUAAUUCGCCAUCUGGCUGAGGAGGAUUCUGCAAAACAUAGAUUACUGGCUCCGCCCCCCACAAACUCCCCACUUCUAACCCUCAAUCCCUACAGCCACACUUACCAUUCUGUGAGCUCCAUGCUGGAUACCGAGCUUCACUUGGGUGUGGUCAGCUUUGACAAACAGACGCCAUCUGGCAGUCGUACUUUGCUCCGCCUCCAUAGAUCAUUGAUGUGGUUGCAGCUGCUGCUGAUGAAGCUGUGGCUGGAGCCUGAACAUUUGGGGAAAAGCCUGGGUGAGGUUUGUGAAGAAGCAUACAAUGAAGCAUUAGCACCAUAUCACCCAUGGCUGCUACAGAGGGUGGCACGCCUCGCCUUUAAGGCCAUGCCUGAACACACAGUAUUGCUCAGCUUGGUGUGUGUGAAUACUCACGAGGAGGCAGAACCAAUCAUUCGCACCAUUGUCAUGGCGAUCGGUGAGGUGCACCGCAGAACUCAGACUGAGCUGGAAAGAAGAAACAUGCUGGACUUACCAUAAAGGAACAUGUGUCCAUUUUCACCAGGCAGUGUCCCUUUUAACAGGACUAGGGGAGCAAGGAAAGCAUUAACCAAGGCUGACUAAGUACACCUUCAGUCCUAAUCUCUCGCAGGAUAAUAGCUAGUGACCAUACAAACUAGCUGAUUAUUAAUAGCUAGACAUCACAAUAUAGCCUUGACAAAUCCAGGAUGUAUGCAGUAGCAGAUAAAUUACAGUGAUGGUUCUGUACAUUUUUCUGCUAUGAUCUGUUUGAAAAAUCUAAGUGUUGUGCUGCUGCUUCCUGCUUUCCUCUGUACCAGAGAAUCUCGAGUCCGAAAGGCUUGUUGUGUACGCUGGAAACUGAAGUUUAUGAAAUCUGCACAAUGGUGUGAAUAUAUAGAAGAAUAUGAAGAAGUUCAGACAAAGUCACCUUUUUUCACAGUGACUUAUUUGUGAUUUUUGGGUUGAAUUUUUUUUACUUUCUCAGAUUUUCCCAAGACUUAAGCAGGAGUGCAGGUUUUGUGCUCAUCAUUUUACUCAUACAGACCAUCCACUACUCAUCCAUCCAUUUUCUAUACCCGCUUUAUUCCUAAUUAGGGUCACGGGGAUCUGCUGGAGCCAAUCCCAGCACACAUUGGGCAAAAGGCAGGGGUACACCCUGGACAGGUCACCAGUCCAUCACAGGGCCACAUAUAGACAGACAACCACAAACACUCCUAUGGGCAAUUUAGAAAUGUUUUUGGACUGUGGGAGGAGACCGGAGUACCCCACGUAAACCCACGCAGGCACGGGGAGAACAUGCACACAAAUUCGAACCCAGGACCUUCUUGCUGUGAGGAACAGUGCUAAACACUAAGCCACCAUGCUGCCCCUUAUAUAGACUUAUAUUUUUAAAAAAUUAAAAAAAAAACAAAAAAAAAAACAUUUGCUCAUUUCUAAAUCUUGGCCUUCAUCUACACAGUGUAAAUUUUGGGGGAAAAUCUGAGAAAGUCAGUAGUUUCACACACCCCCUCCCCCCCAAAAAAAAAGACUCAAAGACUAACCAUGUGAAGAUUUUUGAGUGGAAAUAUGACUUUCUCUGGUCUUCAUACUCACACCAUUUGUCAUCGAGGUUGUGAAACAGACAGAAGUGUUACAGACAGAAGUUUCAUAUCACAGUCCAAAGCUGAGAUCUGAGACUCUGUGGGUGAUCGUGAAAUUUUCAUUUUCCAUGUGUGUGGCCUGUAUGAAACCUGUGAGGUCUGUGGGGCUGAAUGUUAAUGGGUGUGUAUUGUGUUUGGGUGUGUAUAUCUCUGCAUUGUGUGUAGUUUAAUAUUAUCUGGGCACAUGACAAUGACGAUAUCUCGAGCAGUGAUGAGCUAUAACUCAAAAACGUUCUGUAAAAAGUCUUUUUUUUCAAACACAAAUUUAUUUCAUACAUUUGAUAUUUUCUUAUAACAACAAUUUGUACAAUAUUUGAGCUUAGGUAACAAACAGAUGGAUAGAUAGAUAGAUAGAUAGAUAGAUAGAUAGAUAGAUAGAUAGAUAG